AUGAAUGUCGCUGGAAUGAACCCGGGAGCAGGUGGUCCCGUCGGUGGCAUUCCCAUGAUGAACAAUGGUUCUACAGCUCCGCGCAGUGAUCCCAAUGGCCAGAAUCUUCAGGGAGAUAAUGUCAUGCAAUUAAACACCUACAUCUACGACUAUUUUCUGAAACGCGGCUAUCACGAGUGCGCAAGGGCCUUGAUACAAGAUGAAUCGUUUACCAUGAGCACUUCUCCUGCGUCCAAGUCGACACCAUCCCACCGCCGCGAUGGCGAAAUGAAUGGCGUUGACGCUGAUGCAAUGGCAACAGACUCCAAGGACGAUGUGAAUAAACCAAGAAUACCCGAUGACUUUCCGCGACCAAAUAUACCGCCAGGCCCAGGCGGAGCUGACGUGCAACAAACCCCAUUUCUCCUGGACUGGUUUAACCUCUUCUGGGAUAUUUUCUUGGCCCAACGGAAACGAAGUAAGAACCCUGACGCGAUGCACUACGUGCAACAGACCCAGCAACUACUUCGCAUGCAAAACCAACAAAUGAUGCGCCAAUCACAAAUCAUGCCGGGCCAAUAUAACAUACGUGGAGCCCGUGGUGGCAUGAUUCCUGCGAAUAUUCAAAAAACCAUUUUGCAAAACCCAAAUAUGACACCCCAACAAAUGGCGCAGUUGCAGAAAAAUCAACAAAUGCUCCAUCAUCAAAUGCAACGAGAGCCUUCCGAAAUGGAAAUGAAUGGCCAUCGACCACAGUCGCCGUCUUCUGCUGAAAACGCUCCAUCGCCUUCAAAACGUCCUCGUCUGGACGGUUCGCAGGUAAAUGGGAUGCAAAUGGCACCGAACGGGCGUGGGCAAGGGCAAAUGCCUGGUCGUCCCGCCCACCAGGCCAAUGCGAUGUUGAUGCAACAUGGGAUAAACCCGAGCAACUUGACUCCUGCACAGUUCAGUUCGUUCCAGGCGCAGAAUCCGUCUGUACAAGCAAAAUCUCUCCAGGUAUAUAAUCAAAGCAUGGCUCUACAUAACAAUCGCUCAGCAAUGAAUAACCAGGGGAUGCCGAAUGGCUUAAUGAAUCCUGGAGUCAUGCCAAACCAAGGGGACAUGAUGCCCAUGCACGAUAGUCAACUCUUAACAAUGCAUGAAUACUACGGCGCAAACGGCCAAAUGCCCCAAGUUCCGCGACCACAAAUGCAAACGGCCGGCGGCGGGAAUCAUGCCCUCCAAGAUUAUCAAAUGCAGCUGAUGCUUCUAGAGCAGCAGAAUAAACGCCGUCUGCUCAUGGCUCGUCAAGAGCAAGAUAGCAUCACCCGAGGCGAUGGCCAGCCUGGCAUGCCUGGCCAGCCUAACCUGGCCCCUGGCACAUCCCCGCAAGGAAGCCGCGCCGGUACGUCCCCGAACCCGAAUGAUCAGAUGAAGCGAGGCACACCCAAGAUGCCUCAGUCAGGUCUACCUGGUUCUCCUUCUGUUGGUGAUGCGAUGGCCCAGGGCCGUAGCUCUCCUGCUUCCAUGAACUUUGGAGGACAGAUGCCGCAAGAACUGGGCGGGCCGUUUUUCAUGAACAAGAAUAUGCCAGAGGGUGUCGUUCAAAACGGAAUGAGGCCGCCAAGUUCGAACCCGGCAUUUAGUGGUCCUCAGAUGGCCCAGCCUAUGGAUGCCAUGUCGCGACCGCAAGGGCCUGGCGCCGCUGGUAAUCGAAUGCCAAGUGGCAACUGGCAGAGCCAGGGACAGCCCAUGAUCCCACAGCAGCAACAGGUGGGUCAACAGCCACAACCAGCUGGGACCCCACAAGAGCGUAAUGCUAUGCCACCACCUCAAGCACCCCCAGCAGGUGUUGCAGGUGCCGGCAGGGCGCAACCUUCCUCUCCCCAAUCCGGCGCGGCUCCUCCGACUCCGCAGCAGUCUAACAAGCCAGCGCCCAAGGGGAAGAAGGAACCUAAGGAAAACCCAAGAAAGCGUCCUACAAAGAAACCGUCCACAGCUAACGCCUCGAAUACUGCUGCGACUCCAUCCUCGGAGGCUGAACCCCCUCCGACUCCCACUCCAUCAACUCCAAUCACUCCCGUCCAUCCGAAUUCAUUUAACAAAAACACUGCCAACCCAACUACAAACCCUCCUCAGCCCACUUCCGCACCAGCAGCACAAAAUAUUGUUCCGCAACAGGAUCCUAACCAGACAUUUGACAUGAAUCUUUCCGAUACCAACAAUUACAAUCUUGACUUCACCGCUCUGGAUAACCCCGAUAUCCUGGAGAAUUUCGACUUUGAUUCGUUCCUAAACACAGAUGAUCCCAAUGGAUUCGCUUUUGACCCAACCAUGUCAUACCCAACUGAUGGAGUUGAAGCGGGUGCAGGAGACGGCUUGUAAUCUUUCAUUUUCAGCCUUUUUUAUUCGAUUUGUCCACGUGGGGUGGGGGGAGGGAGGGUGUUGUUUCUGUUGAUUAUAACUCUCUCCAACUCUUUGGUUAUUUCUAAUUUUAUUUUAUUUUUAUUUUUUUUGGUUUCCCUUGUCCUCUCUUUUCUCAUUCAUUUUAACUAAUAUUCUCCUUAUUCUCACUUUAAGUGUGUGUCAUGUAUGUGUGUGUGUGUUUCCCCUCCCUUCCGUACAUUUUCUCUCCUUUUCAUUGCUUUUUAUUUUGCUAUCUUAAAAAAGGAGUGAAUUGGAAAACCAUUACUGCUGCCGCUACUACUACUAGUAGUAGUAGAAGAGGCAAGCAAAAAAAAGGCGAUUGCGAGUUAUAUUUGAUGGUUGAAAUGUGGAAAAGAAUUGAUUUCCCUCCUGCAUUAUUGUUUAUUUCCUUUCUUAAUUUUUGGUUUUCUUUUUUGGCGCUGCUAAAAUUCAUACCCCAGCUCUCUUCUUCCCUCAUUCUUCUCCUUUUUCUUAUUCAUGCCUUAUUCUGUCAUGUUAUACUUAAAUUUUUUUUCUAUUUAAGUCAUCCGUCUAUCUCUCAUGUUUAAUUAAAAUAUUGUUCUUGUCU